AUGGUAUCGUCGAAAGGCGGAGACGUGGACGCGGAUGUUGAGGUCCAGGGUCUCUUCAAAAUUGUCUCCCGCUAUGUGCCCUAUUUCCGCAAUCCGCAGCAUGUCUUAGUCUUCAAACUAGACUGUUUGCUCUUGACGUGGACUUUCAUUGCUGGUAUUUUGAAGGAGAUGGAUCAGAGUGCCACUGCUCAAGCUUAUGUCUCUGGAAUGAAGGAGUCCUUGCAAUUAUAUGGAAACGAAUUGGUCAAUUUCAACACGUUCUUCUCCGUGGGAUAUGCUAUCGGUCUUAUUCCUGGCCAGCUUAUACAAACCAAAGUUCGAGCUUCCUUCUUCCUUCCAUUUUGCGAGAUCUCAUGGGGAAUCUUGGUCACCUGUAUUGCUCAAGCCCCAAAUGCGAAAACGAUCUAUGCGCUGCGAGUCUUCCUCGGGCUGUUCUCGGCGGUCUUCUGGCCUACAGCUGUGUCAAUGAUCUUCAACUGGUACACACCAGCCGAGCUAGCUAAACGAAUUGCUUUCUUCACUGUCUCGGAUGCGGCAGGUGGUAUGUUCUUGAGCGCUCUUCAGGCUGCUCUAUAUACCAACAUGGAUGGGGUCCAUGGAAUCUCUGGAUGGCAAUGGCUGUUCAUUGUCUCGGGUGCAAUUACCAUCGGACAAGGUCUUCUGGGUCUCGUGGUCAUUCCAGAUACACCGGCAGUUACCCGCGCGAUCUGGCUCACUGAGGCUGAUAAAACCCUUGCUCGCAGACGCAUGGCCGAAUUCGGUGCUACCACGUCAAGCAUGAUACCCACCAAGGUGGUUGUACAGAAAUUGCGCAAACUUAUCGUCCACCCAGUGACAUACUUCUUUGUGGCUGCUUUUGCUCUGAGUGCUUGGGCCAAUCGAGCAAAUUCAUACUUCACGCUCUAUCUCGAAGGAUUGGAAGAUGAGAACGGAAACCUCCGGUUCAACACGUACCAAGUGAACGUGAUCCCCAUGGGAGGCUAUGCGCUGCAGAUUUUAGCUAAUCUGGGUCUCAAUGCACUAUCGGACUGGAAACAAUGGCGCUGGCAAAUCAGUAUUGCUCCAGCCCUAUUGUUCGGCAUCGUGCUGAGCGUUUUGAGCGCAUGGCCUUCGGACUGGAGGGUGAUUCUCGUUUUCUACUUCCUCACAUAUGCAACAAACGCAGGUAGUCCGUCGCUUCUUGCUUGGCUGGCCGAGUUACUCAAAAAAGAGCCCGAGGCACGGUCAAUCCUUGUGGCGCUGACAGUGACCAUCGUGUACAUUGGUCACGCUACGAUUCCCAUUCGAGUCUGGAGAACAAGUGACUCCCCGACGUAUCCAAUUGGGUUCCCUCUGGCGACUGCUUUUAUUUUCUCAUCUAUUUUUGUUCAGCUGGGUAUGCUUUGGUGGGGACGACGGAAUACCCAGCUGGCUGAAUUUGGAUACGAUGCGCCGUCCAAUACGUCAACAAGGACGGAUGAAGAGAGUUCUCGGUUUGAUAAGGAAAGUCUGGAAGGUACUGGAGGUGAUUCAAAGUCUUUUAAUCUCAAGGUAUCGGUGAUCGAAAAGCAAUGA